AUGGCCUCUAGUCCUCAGUCAAAGCCCCCGGAACCAACCUCUCCAAUCUCAUCACCAAGAUGCAUCCUCUUUCGCGAUGAAACCCAAACGGUCUUCCUCGUCGACAUCCCCACUUCUAUCGAGGAGAGCCAGGUCUUGCCGGGCCACAAUGCCGAGACAACACGCGGAGGAGGGGCACCGCCCCGGCGACGGCGGCUGUUGUCGGUCGACCCCGUCGCCGCACCCUAUCCGCUACCGGAGCCACGGAACACCCAUGUCAACCACAGCACACCCGCGAGCCAAGUCGCAGACCUCAUGAUCGAGGCGGCGGUGAGGAGCGCUCUCGACACGCUAAAUGAAGAUCACACCGCUCCGUUUUGUCUUCCACGAAUUACCGGAGACGAGAGCAUCACCGCCACAAGCGGCAGCGGUGACGAUGGGAGAGGCGUACAGCACGAAUUCGCGGGCAGGGACGCAGCCCGAGACGAGGCAACGGCUGCGACAGCGACGCAUUUCAUUCCUGAAGGGUCCUCGUACCUAAGCGGUUCUAUCGAGGAAAUUAGAGAAGCUUUCAUCUCGACGGCACCCUUGUUCGAUCUUAUCGUCUUGGAUCCGCCUUGGCCAAACAAGUCCGCCAAAAGGAAGAGGGGAGGUUAUGCUACCGUCAGCGGUCUUGAAGAGACGAAGAUGCUUCUAGAACAAAUACCGGUUGGAGGACAUCUCGCUGAUGGCGGCCUCGUUGCCAUUUGGGUGACUAACAAAGCCAGCUUGAUAGACUUGCUCACAUCACCCAAGGGAAUACUUACAGCAUGGGGUCUUGAGGUUGCUACUGAAUGGAUCUGGGUUAAGAUCACAUCACAAGGGGAGCCUAUAUACGACAUCGAGUCGGCCUGGAGGAAGCCGUGGGAGAGACUUAUCAUUGCUAAACGGCGCGGCGACAACCGCAAGAUACUCCAGAGGGUUGUAGCCGCAGUUCCGGACGUCCACUCAAGGAAGCCAAACCUGCGAUUCCUGUUCGAGGAUCUGCUUCCUCGAGACUUCCGCGGUCUCGAGGUCUUUGCCCGCAAUCUGACGGCUGGCUGGUGGGGAUGGGGUAACGAGGUCCUGCGAUUCCAAGAGCACCGUCACUGGGAGGUGGAACCAGCGCAGGAUGAAGAGAGUAAUGAACCCGAUGAUACCAAUUGA